AUGACAAGUAAACGUUCAGGGAAGCAGGCAGCCAAGUCGCAGGCGACGGAGAAGAGUGAAAAAGGUCGCGAUUCCCUCGUCGUAACAGAGGCUGAAAAAAAGCUGUCAAUCGCCGAGAAACUGGAACUCUUGGAGAACGAAUUCUGUCUUCUUCGUGACAUGUGUUUGCAGUCGGGUUAUAGUGGGGAUCAAAUCCAGUCAGCGGCAUCGCCAUUCCUUGCCAGCAUCAAAAAAGCCAAACGAAAAAAUUGGACCCGACGAGCCCUUCAUUGUUUUCUUUCCCUCCUUUUGGCUUACACGCUUUUUUCCUACGACCCUGUCUAUCGAUUGCUAAGUGCUUAUGGGCGAAAGACGAGCAUUCAUCUCUUACCAUUGUGGGAUUGGACUACAAUGUACGACCGAGAGUGUCUGGUAGUGAACCCAUAUUUCAAAGGCCAGGAACUUAAGGAAGAAGACUGUGAAGUCUGUGAAAGCUUUGACACCAUCCCUCGAGUGAAGAAUAUCAACUCAUCUGAAGUUGUGGAAAAAUUUCUCAAUCAUGACAAACCCUUUAUUGUUACUGAUGGGAUUGAACCUGAGUCUCUGUCUGAAAACUUCACCAUUAAAUACCUUGACCAGCUUUACAGAACACAUCCUGUCUUAAGAAUGUAUAGCCCCUGCUCUUUCCGUAGCAAUCUUCGGACCAAAUUUGAAGAGCAAAAAAUCUUUCUGAAAAAAGCAGCCGCUGGGGACAUACCAAGUUAUUAUGCUCAUUGGGAAAACUGUUUUAUUUCUGCUGCCAAAGUUCUACGAGAACACUACACAAGACCGGAAUUUCUUCCGCCAGUUGUUCAAAUGGAUAACACAAAUUGGGUGUACAUUUCUUCAGGUUUUAAAGGCAAAACAUACAAACCGAUUGAUAUGAUAACACCUUUAGUAAUUUUGGCACAGAUCAAAGGAGAAAUAAAUUUCAUCCUCCAACCAAGAGAACCAUGUUCAAGUUUGUGCUCAGAACUCACAGGAACUUUACACCAGGGAGAAAUAUUAUUGGUUGUCUCAUUUCUGUGGGAUGUGGAGUACCUCCCUUCUAAUGAACUUGAAAAUAUCUCCAUUGGAAUGGGUGCAACAUACGACUUCUUUUAA